AUGGAUAUCAUCAUGGACAGCUCCCUCACCAAGGCCUCGGAGCUGGUGGAGCCCACGCGGUUGCCGGGCAGCGCGGGCGAGCUCGCGUUCCACCUGUCCGCCUUCGGCAAGGGCUUCGUGCUGCGCCUGGCGCCCGACGCCAGCUUCCUGGCGCCCGAGUUCAAGAUCGAGCGCCUCGGGGGCUCCGGCCGGGCGGCCGGGGGCGAGCGGGAGCUGCGCGACUGCUUCUUCUCCGGCACGGUGAAUGGGGAGCCCGAGUCGCUGGCGGCCGUCAGCCUGUGCCGCGGGCUGAGCGGCUCCUUCCUGCUGGACGGCGAGGAGUUCACCAUCCAGCCGCAGGGCGCGGGGGGCUCCCUGCGCCAGCCGCACCGCCUGCAGCGCUGGGGGCCCCGGGCGCGCCUCGGGACCCCCGGGCUCGCCUCCUCCGAAGCCCACCCCCUCCCCGGAGGACCCGAGUGGGAGGUGAAGGGAGAGGAUCAGAGGCAGGAGAGAGGAGACGAGGAGCAGGAGAAGGAAGAGGUGGAGGAGGAGGAGGAAAUGGAGGAGGAGGAGGGGGGCAAAGAAGAGGAGACAGAAGGCGCCAGCGAUCUGCCACCACCCCUGGGGGCCACGAGUAGGACCAAGCGGUUUGUGUCCGAGGCUCGCUUCGUGGAAACGCUGCUGGUGGCCGAUGCGUCCAUGGCUGCCUUCUAUGGAGCCGACCUACAGAACCACAUCCUGACGCUGAUGUCCGUGGCAGCCCGAAUCUACAAGCACCCCAGCAUUAGAAAUUCCAUCAAUCUCAUGGUGGUAAAAGUGCUGAUCGUGGAAGAUGAAAAGUGGGGCCCAGAAGUGUCUGACAACGGGGGGCUCACCCUGCGCAACUUCUGCACUUGGCAGCGGCGUUUCAACCAGCCCAGUGACCGGCACCCAGAACACUUUGACACAGCCAUUCUGCUCACCAGACAGAACUUCUGUGGGAAGGAGGGGAUGUGUGACACCCUGGGCGUGGCGGACAUCGGCACAAUCUGCGACCCCAACAAGAGCUGCUCCGUGAUCGAGGAUGAGGGGCUCCAGGCGGCCUACACCCUGGCCCAUGAGCUAGGGCACGUCCUCAGCAUGCCCCACGACGACUCCAAGCCCUGCACGCGGCUCUUUGGGCCCAUGGGCAAGCACCACAUGAUGGCGCCGCUCUUCGUCCACCUGAACAAGACGCUGCCUUGGUCCCCCUGCAGUGCCAUGUACCUCACGGAGCUCAUGGACGGUGGGCACGGAGACUGUCUCCUGGAUGCCCCCACCUCGGCCCUGCCCCUGCCCACAGACCUGCCGGGCCGCAGCGCCCUCUAUGAGCUGGACCAGCAGUGCAAGCAGAUCUUUGGGCUGGGUUUUCGCCACUGCCCCAACACCUCUGCACAGGACAUCUGCGCCCAGCUCUGGUGCCACACGGAGGGCACCGAGCCCCUUUGCCACACCAAGAAUGGCAGUCUGCCGUGGGCUGAUGGGACGCCCUGUGGGCCUGGGCACCUCUGCUGGGAUGGCAGCUGUCUGCCUGAGGAGGAAGUGGACAGGCCCAAGGCUGUGGUGGAUGGAGGCUGGGCCCCAUGGGGACCCUGGGGAGAGUGUUCCCGGACCUGCGGAGGAGGAGUACAGUUUUCACACCGUGAAUGCAAGGACCCUGAGCCUCAGAACGGAGGAAGAUAUUGCCUGGGUCGGAGAGCCAAGUAUCAGUCGUGCCACACAGAGGAAUGCCCCCCUGACGGGAAAAGCUUCAGGGAGCAGCAGUGUGAGAAGUAUAAUGCCUACAAUUACACUGACGUGGAUGGGAACCUCCUACAGUGGGUCCCCAAGUAUGCGGGGGUGUCCCCCCGGGACCGCUGCAAGUUGUUCUGCCGAGCCCGGGGAAGGAGUGAAUUCAAAGUGUUCGAGGCCAAGGUGAUCGAUGGCACCCUGUGUGGACCAGAGACCCUAGCCAUCUGCGUCCGUGGCCAGUGUGUCAAGGCUGGCUGUGACCACGUGGUGGACUCGCCUAGGAAGCUGGACAAAUGUGGGGUGUGUGGGGGCAAAGGCAAUUCAUGCAGGAAGGUGUCCGGUUCCCUCAACCCCUCCAGUUACGGCUACAACGACAUUGUCACCAUCCCGGCCGGGGCUACUAACAUUGAUGUGAAACAACGAAGCCACCCGGGGGUCCAGCACGACGGCAGCUACCUGGCGCUGAAGACGGCCGAUGGGCAGUACCUGCUCAAUGGAAACCUGGCCAUCUCUGCCAUAGAGCAGGACAUCUUGGUGAAGGGGACCAUCCUUAAAUACAGCGGUUCCAUUGCCACCCUGGAGCGGCUGCAGAGCUUCCGGCCCCUGCCCGAGCCUCUGACCGUGCAGCUCCUGACUGUCCCUGGUGAGGUCUUUCCCCCCAAAGUCAAAUAUACCUUCUUCGUUCCAAAUGACGUGAACUUCAGCACACAGAACAGCAAAGAGAGGGCGACCACCAACGUCAUCCAGCCCCUGCUCAAUGCGCAGUGGGUCCUGGGGGACUGGUCUGAGUGCUCCAGCAGCUGCGGAGCUGGCCGGCAGCGGCGGACCGUGGAGUGCCGGGACCCCAACGGCCAGGCCUCCGCCACCUGCAGCGAGGCUCUGAAACCC